AUGGCCAAGCUAAGCGACCUGCCCGCCGAGGCAGUCCGGCUGAUAGUCCAGUGCUUGUCCUCGCCACCCGCCAACCCACGCCCCAACACCAACAAGGCCCAUCGCAGCUUCAGCCUCGACCACACCGAGAUCGAACCGCUCCAAGCACUCCCGAGGCGGCAUUGGCAUGACUACCCCCCUCCGCCCCCAGACAAACUCCCAAAGAAUCCCUUGUUGUCGCUCGCGUUGGUCAGCCCGACCUUUCGCGAGUGCGCCCAGGAGACGCUCUUCAGCAACGUGGCUUUCGACAACCCAUGGGAGGGAAGUUUAUUCCUCCGGACGCUUACUCGCCCCUCCGCAGAGGACGAGCUCCGGAUGGCGGAGGAAAAGGACGAGGUCGAGAGCGCCCGCGCAUUGGCAAUUGGCCGUCGCCCGCGUCUGCACAGGUUAGCCGCACAUGUUCGCUCGCUACAGUUCCUGUGGGGCGGGCCCUGCUCGAUGGGCAUGGGCGGCGGCUCGGUGUUCUGUGAGGUCCUGUACUGCUGCCCCCACCUAGAGAGCCUCGCGAUCAGCGUAUGCUUCCUGAGCCGAUUCAAGGAGCCUAUCAUGGAAGCCCUCGCCAGCCGUCGAACCAUCACAAAGUUUCUCCUCCUCCAGAACCCUGACCGAGACACCCCAGGCUGGCUGGCCGAAGACGUCGUCGGGCGCUUGUUUUCCAGCUGGAAAGGCCUCAGAAUCGUCGAAAUGGCGAGACUCGGUAGUCGCCCAGAAGAGAUCAUCACGCCGCUCAUCCAGCCCUCGAUCCCCAUCAUUCAAUGCGCCCUGGUCAAGAUCAUCUUGCACGAGCCUGAUUUACACGAAAAGGAGCUCUCAUUGCUCUUAAAGAACUCGCACUCGAGUCUGCAGACGCUCAAGAUCUUCAACCCCACCAGGAAGCUGCGUCGGCCGGGUCUGUGUCAGAUCUUGAAGGAAUCCACAGCUCCGGCACUGGAGUCGUUGACCAUCAUGGUCCAGCAAGAAUGGGAGCCAUUACGCUCGCCCUCCAAAGCCAUCCGAACCUCCGAUGACCCGGCCAUCAACGCGGGCCUACUCGACAUCGUCUUCCGCACCUCGCCCGCCUUGGGAAGCCUCAAGACCUUGCACUUCUCGGGCAACUUGGCUACUAUCCUACUGCUCCGUCUCCUCCCUCAAUCCAUCGUCAAACUGGCCUGGGAACGCUGCGAUAUCCACGAGCCUGCUUUGGCCCAGAUUCUCAAGCAACCCGACCCGUGGCUACCUAAUCUGAAGUGCUGUCUAACACUUGGAUGUCAGUAUUCUUUUCGUCCUCCCAAUAUUCCUUCCAGUCUAUAA